AUGGAGGAUGAUAUAGAGAAGACCCUGAAGCUGCUGAAUGAUAUGAAGAAAACUGAUCCAAUGAUGCAAGUUAGAUUCAAACUGGAUGAUGAGGGGACAUUAAGAUCAAUGCUCUGGUGCACAGGCAAGAACAUAACUGACUACAGAAAUUUUGGAGAUGUAGUAACCUUUGACACAACAUACAGAACAAACUUAUAUAGUUUGCCAUUCGGACUGUUCGUCAGAGUAAACAACCAUUUACAAACUAUCAUAUUUGGUGGAUUACUACUGACCACCGAAACUAGUGAAGACUUCAAGUGGGCAUUCGAGAAAUUCAUGGAAAUAAUGAAUGGUGCAGCACCACAAACAAUACUUACAGACCAGUGUGCUGCAAUGGCUAAGGCAAUCAGGACAGCCCUCCCGGAAACGCAUCAUCGAUGGUGCAGAUGGCACGUCCUCAAGAGUGCAAAAAAGAAAAUGAGCAAGACAUACGCAAAGCACAAGAGAUUCAAGUCUGACUUCUACAACCUGGUCACAUAUGAGUUGUCCAUCGAAGGGUUUGAGGGAUCAUGGCAGAAUCUGAUUAAAAGAUACAACCUGGUGAAGAGCAAGUACAUGCGGAGGCUUUACAGAAACAGGGAGCGAUGGGCAAAGCCCAAAUUUAACGAGUUCCUUGCUGACAGAAUAAGCAGUGAAGGACACGAACAGCACGCGACUAAGAUGGUCAAUAGAAAGCUGCGCGUUGGGGUUCCAAUAGAAGAACAUGCAUACAGUGUGUACACAAGAGCAAUGUAUGAGAAGUUCUACGAGGAGCUCUUUGAAUCCGGAAAGCUCUCAAUAACUCAGCAAAACAACAAUGGGAGGUACAUAGUCAGACAAAGAUCCUCAUCUGACGAGCCAUGGGACCGAGAGUUCACUGUCAUCUUUGAGAACAUGGAUAUGAUAACAUGCGACUGUGGGCUAUACACUCACCUUGGCAUGUUAUGCCGGCAUUCACUCAAGGUCUUAGUGUAUCUGGAGGUGCCAAAAAUACCAGAGAAUAAUAUACUGAGAAGAUGGACAAAGGAAGCAGUGGUUUACAAGUCAAAUGCAGUACAUGCCUGCACUGAAGCAGACGAAAACAAGGCAAGAAAAAGGGCACUGCUAUUAGAGACCCUUCGGCUGGUAAAUGAUCCCUGUGCAAUUGAGGAGAGAGUGUACCACCAAGCAAUGGAUCUUUUGGGAAGGGCAGCACGUACCAAUAACACCGCUGCAGAUAUUACCACAUCAGCCAACAAUAAAGGCUCAGACAGUGCAGUUGGGGUACCAUUAGCGUGCCCAGAAAGGACUAUGAAAGGGGGUCGUCCACCAGCUACAGUGCUGAACGCAUGGCUAUCAAAGCAAUCUAAGAAUAGGAAGAUAGAAAAAGGGAAUGUGGACGAAUCAGUUAUGGAUUGGCCCGAUGAGGAAAAUCCACCACUGAAGAAGACCAAGCGAGUGAGCGAAAUAAAGCAGUAA